GUGUGUCGUCAUCAAGGAAGCUCCGUCUGACGACUGUUCACACUGAUGCUGUGCACAAAUAUACAUCUUUUGAAGUGAGGUGUCAGCUCUUUCUUCAGAGAUGGAUUCUCAGAAUUCAAACCUGACCUGCAUCAUAUGCCUGGACCGCUUCAAAGUCCCUGUAACCCUCCCCUGCGGUCACAGCUUCUGCCAGGCCUGCAUCACCAAGUUCUGGGACAGCAAUGUAAAGCCUGAUAUCGGAGCACACUGCCCCAUCUGCAAUCAGCGGUUUCCCACCAGGCCCAUCCUCAAGCGUAAUGUGUCCAUGUCGCUCCUGACUGAGGCUACAAACAGCACCGCUCCCUCUCUCAGAGAGUCGCACAUGAGGGGAGGCGAAGGGGCGAGAGCCAUGCUGCUGUGUGAGCGCCAUAAAAAGCCUCUGGUUUAUUACUGCAAGCAGGACAGAAUGUCUGUGUGCUGCGAGUGCGGCAUCUCCGAGUGCGCGAACCACGAGAAGGUCUUGUUGGAGGCAGAGAGGGAAAAUCAAGAGCUGCUGUUGGAAAGGAAGAGUAAGGAGGUGGGGAAACUCAUGGAAGAGACCGAAAAAAGUAUUAAGGACCUGGCUGAGAAUAUCAGUCAAGCCAAGGUGACUCUUGAGCAGACUUCCACCUGGGUCAAGGUCAAGUUCUCCACCCUGAUGAAAAUACUGGCUGAGAAGCAGGAGGCCACAGAGCUCUUCAUUGACGAGCAGCAAGAAGCCGCCAUCAGUGAGGCGGAGGCGCGGCUGGCUGAACUCCAGGAGCGCUCCAGGAUACUCCAAGAGAGCCGGGGGCAGAUAGCAGCCGUGCGCAACCUCUCUGAUACAGAUCUCAUCAAGGAAUCAACGGUCAUAGAAGUUCCACGUUUCAAGGAUAUCCCCACGGAUGUAACCCCAAACCUUCAAGAUCGAUUAAACGGCGUCACAGAUGUCCUGUCCCGAGUCUCCAAGCUGGUGGCCGAGGACCUAGAGAAAGCUGUGAGCACCGCCGUGGGUCAGGAUAAAGACGGAUCUCCUCAGGAUAAGAGGCCGGUCCUCGCCGUGGUUCCCAGUCCAGCUGCUCCAUGCCACCCUGGUGGGAAGGAGGGCCUCAGUGCUUACCGAUGCUCCCUGACCUUCGACCCUCGCACGGCCAACAUGCACCUGUUUCUGUCCCAGGAGAACCGGAGGGCGGAGCACCUGGCCUCUGGGCCACGCCCCGUCCCAGCCCAUGAAGCCCGCUUCGAUCACACCUGGCAGGUGCUCUGCUUUCAGGGCUUCACACACGGACAGCACUACUGGGAGCUGGAGGUGUCCAAGCCCUGGGCCUACCUCGGGGUAACCUACGAGACCAUCCCUCGGAAGGAGAAGGGCAAGAGGUGCAUGGUGGGUAUGAACGAACUGUCCUGGAGCCUGCAGCUGGACGAGCACCAGCUGAGCGCCUGGCACAACGGCCGGAGGGAGACUCUGGCCGGACACUCCCAGCACAGCCGCAUCGGCAUGCUGCUUGACUACGAGGCGGGGACCCUCACCUACUACGGAGACGGGCAGACCAGGCUCCACGCCUUCCACUGUGCCUUCACCCAGGAGCUGUUCCCCGCCUGCUGGAUAGGAGAGGGCGUCAGCAUCACCCUCUGCUCCACAUGAGCGGACUCAUAAAGAGGAGCGGAGUAAUAAGCACUAUCAAACAUGGGCACUAGCUGACUCAACAUAGAGGAUCCAACCAUAACCAUUUAGGAGGUUUUUUUAAUCUUUUUUUUUUUCUUCUUCUUCUUUUUUACAAUGACUGCCUUCCUACAUUGUUUUAAGCAGAAGAACUGAAUGGGAUGGCCCCAAACUGGUCAUACGCCAAAACUAGGCUUAUUCACAUUAUACAUCAUGACAAUAACAUAAAAUGGUCACAAACUCUGGUCCUAACGGCCCUUAGCGUUGUAGUUUACUGACAGCACAACUUCAUUCUGGUUUGAUUUUUCUUUAGUAUGUAUGAAAUAAACUUCAGUUUUAGAUAAUCUGCUUUCAGGUAGGAAAAAACCAAUCUCCUCAACUCAGUAUGUCAGAUUAUUGUACUUUCACUACACCUUGUUCCACUGCAAGGCAAUAUGCAUUUAUUACAGGUGGGCUGAUGUCCCAUUAUCAAAUACACUGAUUCAUUAAAUCCACAUACAUGCUGUUGUAUGAGUAAUUAGUUAGAAAGGAGAGGGUUUCUGAAGAGCACAGGGGUAUCAGUUUAUCCACUGUGUUGCUGUUAGAGUGCUGCACUACAACUACUCCUGCAUUAUUGUCUUGAACCCCCAGAUUGUCGAGUGUGGCACACGUGCAGUUUGGCUGCUCUUACAAAUACACAACCUUCAGUGUGUGAGUCAGAUUUUACUGUGCCUGACUCUAAUCUGCUUUGAAGAUGUCAUUUUUAGAAGAUAGGCCUGUUUUGUUUCUUGCUGAGUUAGGUGAGAAGAUCACGUCUGUGGUAAAUAAAAACCUAGAGCCAGCUAGCUGCUUAGCUUAGCACAAAGACUGGAAUUGGCUAGCCUGGCUCUCUCCACAUGUAACAAAACCUGCCUACCAGCACCUAUAAAGCUCACUGAUUAACAUGUUGUAUCUUGUUGCCUGGCAACCAAGCACUUUGGUUUUUCAUAGUUUAUAGCGGCUUUCAUUUAGUGUUGAUUCUGGCAGCCCCUGUGGACCAAAGAGGUUUUGAUUUUGAGAAGAAUCCAACAGAAUCCGACCCAGUGGCAGGAAGUACAGCACUGAGAGUCAUAUAGACAUAGCCAAUCUUGCCACUAACGCUCUUGUGUGUUGAUCUAGGUCAUAUAGAGGCGUCAGUAUUAAAUUGAUACUCUUUCAUAACCAACUCUUUGUAGUAUUUUUAAAUAAGUUGGAAUGUGUUAAAGAGUGAGCUCAGGCUCUCUGUUCUCCCGAUUCCAGUCUUUAUUCUAAGCUAAGCAAACCAUCUGGUGGCUUUGGCUUGAUAUUAAGAGUACAGACACAGACAAUCUUCUAACUCUGCAAGAAAGCAAAUAAGCGUGUUUGCCUCUAAUUGACCACUGCCUUUUUUAAAAAUCCAGUCUCCUUUCUGUAAGCUGGAGAUGGAUGAAAACCUGACAAACAGUACACACACGUAUAAGUUUCAUUGCAGCAAAAUAAGUGUAAGAGAGAGAGACUGUUUUGCAAUUCUAUGAGAAGCCAUUUUUAAGGACUUCACAAUAUCGGCCAAGCAGUCUGAAAAUCUGGCAAUUCUCCUGGUUAAACUUGAAUUUUGAAAAUUUAAUUUUUAGGUUCAAGUAGAUGCCACGAGAAGAAAAACCCUAAAAAAUGAUGUUCUUAACUAGUUUUCAUCUCUUGCUGGAAUUCAGUCCACAGAAAUAUGGGAGACAGUUCAUAAUAUGGUGCGUACAGGGCGAUAAGCCACUGCAGGGUAAACUGAACCCUCCCAUGUUGUACCAUAAGCGAUGUAGGUGAAACCAAAUCGUUGUGUGUUGUACAUUACUACUGAGAGUACAGGCCUGAAAAAAAAAAAUGGAACGACAUUUCUAUCUAUUUCUAGCAUGAAUGCACAAGUAAAUUGCUCUGCCUGUACAGUCUCAAACCUGUGACGCUGACAGUGUUGUGAUGGAAUCUGCUGUACUGUACAAAUGUUUUUAACAGGCUUUUUACCUUUUUUUUAAAAAAAUCAUGAGCACUUAGAGGGCAACGCUGUGACCUUUGGAAUGUGGAGGUACUCGAGGCUCAGGACAUCAGUCUUUGGGAAACUGCUGUGGAUUUGCACAAGUUGUCCAGAAGCGCAGAUGAGGACUACUGACUGAGAAAGGAAAAGCAUUUCCAGGCUGUUUUUGGCCUAAAGGCGUAAAACAGAACCCCUCCUGCUGACUCUGGAAUAUGUUUAAUUAUCCUAAUGCACUAUGCUGUGUUCAAAGUGGAAUACCCAUCAAUGUGUGAUAAUAGCAAUGCUCAGUGUAGAAAUAAAGACAGACAGUUCUGUUUCACAUGAGUCAAGAUCCAUUUAAUAAAAUCCAAUCCAAUGCAUACAUGCA